UUGCACACAGCAGGACCCUAGAGAUUGGGCUUCAAUUCCUGGAGACACCAGGGCAAAACUGAAGGGCUGGCAGCCCUACCCCAGGAAUCAGGAUGGACGUAUUCACUGACCAGUGGAGGGGACUAGUGGCAGGGGUGAGGGUGCUGCUCGGGUCUGACCAAACUUUACAGACCGAGCUCCAGAACCCGGCACUGAAUGCCAGCUCUCUCUGCAGCACAACCAUCAGAUACAGCAGAGACUGGACCACCAUCGGAGAUAUCCACCCAGCAUAGACUGGACCACCAUCAGAGAUAUCCACCCAUCAGAGACUAGAUCAGAGAUAUCCACCCAGCAGAGACUAGACCACCAUCAGAGAUAUCCACCUAGCAGAGACUAGACCACCAUCAGAGAUAUCCACCCAGCAGAGACUAGACCACCAUCAGAGAUAUCCACCCAGCAGAGACUGGACCACCAUCAGAGAUAUCCACCCAGCAGAGACUGGACCACCAUCAGAGAUAUCCACCCAGCAGAGACUGGGCCACCAUCAGAGAUAUCCACCCAGCAGAGACUGGACCACCAUCAGAGAUAUCCACCCAGCAGAGACUAGACCACCAUCAAAGAUAUCCACCCAGCAGAGACUGGACCACCAUCAGAGAUAUCCACCCAGCAGAGACUGGACCACCAUCAGAGAUAUCCACCCAGCAGAGACUGGACCACCAUCAGAGAUAUCCACCCAGCAGAGACUGGACCACCAUCAGAGAUAUCCACCCAGCAGAGACUGGACCACCAUCAGAGAUAUCCACCCAGCAGAGACUGGACCACCAUCAGAGAUAUCCACCCAGCAGAGACUGGACCACCAUCAGAGAUAUCCACCCAGCAGAGACUGGACCACCAUCAGAGAUAUCCACCCAGCAGAGACUGGACCACCAUCAGAGAUAUCCACCCAGCAGAGACUAGAUCAGAGAUAUCCACCCAGCAGAGACUAGAUCAGAGAUAUCCACCCAGCAGAGACUGGACCACCAUCAGAGAUAUCCACCCAGCAGAGACUAGAUCAGAGAUAUCCAUCCAGCAGAGACUAGACCACCAUCAGAGAUAUCCACCCAGCAGAGACUAGACCGCCAUCAGAGAUAUCCACCCAGCAGAGACUAGACCACCAUCAGAGAUAUCCACCCAGCAGAGACUAGACCACCAUCAGAGAUAUCCACCCAGCAGAGACUAGACCACCAUCAGAGAUAUCCACCCAGCAGAGACUAGACCACCAUCAGAGAUAUCCACCCAGCAGAGACUAGACCACCAUCAGAGAUAUCCACCCAGCAGAGACUAGACCACCAUCAGAGAUAUCCACCCAGCAGAGACUGGACCACCAUCAGAGAUAUCCACCCAACAGAGACUGGACCACCAUCAGAGAUAUCCACCCAGCAGCGACUGGACCACCAUCAGAGAUAUCCACCCAGCAGAGACUGGACCACCAUCAGAGAUAUCCACCCAGCAGAGAUUGGACCACCAUCAGAGAUAUCCACCCAGCAGAGACUGGACCACCAUCAGAGAUAUCCACCCAGCGGAGACUGGACCACCAUCAGAGAUAUCCACCCAGCAGAGACUGGACCACCAUCAGAGAUAUCCACCCAGCAGAGACUAGACCACCAUCAGAGAUAUCCACCCAGCAGAGACUAGACCACCAUCAGAGAUAUCCACCCAGGAGAGACUGGACCACCAUCAGAGAUAUCCACCCAGCAGAGACUAGACCACCAUCAGAGAUAUCCAUCCAGCAGAGACUAGAUCAGAGAUAUCCAUCCAGCAGAGACUAGACCACCAUCAGAGAUAUCCACCCAGCAGAGACUAGACCACCAUCAGAGAUAAGCACCCAGCAGAGACCAGACCACCAUCAGAGAUAUCCACCCAGCAGAGACUAGACCACCAUCAGAGAUAUCCACCCAGCAGAGACUGGACCACCAUCAGAGAUAUCCACCCAGCAGAGACUGGACCACCAUCAGAGAUAUCCACCCAGCAGAGACUGGACCACCAUCAGAGAUAUCCACCCAGCAGAGAUAUCCACCCAGCAGAGACUGGACCACCAUCAGAGAUAUCCACCCAGCAGAGAUAUCCACCCAGCAGAGACUGGACCACCAUCAGAGAUAUCCACCCAGCAGAGACUGGACCACCAUCAGAGAUAUCCACCCAGCAGAGACUGGACCACCAUCAGAGAUAUCCACCCAGCAGAGACUGGACCACCAUCAGAGAUAUCCACCCAGCAGAGACUGGACCACCAUCAGAGAUAUCCACCCAGCAGAGACUAGACCACCAUCAGAGAUAUCCACCCAGAACGAGACGUUCCCUGUCUCAAGGAUUAGACUUCAAUGCUCCACUAGACGACCAUCAAUCUGAGAUAUCCACCCGGAACGAGAUAGUCAAGGGCUAGACUUCAAUCCUCCACUAGACCACUGUUAAUCAGAGAUAUCCACCCAGAAUGAGACAGCCAAGGAUUAAACUUCAAUCCUGCACUAGACCACCACCAAUCAGAGAUAUCCAUAAGACAAGGUGAACAUUUUGCUUUUCAACUAGCAUGACCUCCAUGCCCUCCACCAGACCAGCAACGAUCUUGGAUCAAGUCCCACCCUCCACCAGACCAGCAACCAUCUUGGAUCAAGUCCCACCCUCCACCAGACCAGCAACCAUCUUGGAUCAAAUCCCACCCUCCACCAGACCAGCAACGAUCUUGGAUCAAGUCCCACCCUCCACCAGACCAGCAACGAUCUUGGAUCAAGUCCCCCCCUCCACUAGACCAGCAAUGAUCUUGGAUCAAGUCCCCCCCUCCACCAGACCAGCAACGAUCUUGGAUCAAAUCCCCCCCUCCACCAGACCAGCAACGAUCUUGGAUCAAAUCCCCCCUCCACCAGACCAGCAACGAUCUUGGAUCAAAUCCCCCCCUCCACCAGACCAGCAACGAUCUUGGAUCAAGUCCCACCCUGCACCAGACCAGCAACGAUCUUGGAUCAAAUCCCACCCUCCACCAGACCAGCAACGAUCUUGGAUCAAAUCCCACCCUCCACCAGACCAGCAACGAUCUUGGAUCAAAUCCCCCCCUCCACCAGACCAGCAUAAAUAACCUAUAGGGUUUGUUCGGAGUCAUGAAUAACGAGGAUUAUACAAUGGUUGAUCUGGAGGAGCAAACUCCUGAUCGUGAAGCCAGCAGAGAACCGAUACUGGAACCCACACAACACAGCGGCACCUCUGAACAGGAGAACAGAGACCCAAGGGGGAUGAAUCAGUACCUCAAGGUGGAUUUCCCCGAGCUCAUUGCUGAACCUGCCAGUGCUCACAGUUUCGACAAGGUCUGGGCCUCAAGUAAUGUCUCCUUCGAAGUCUGUAAACUCUGGGCUUAUAGGAUCAUCUCACUGCUCUGUGCAAUCCCCGCCUCCAUUCUCACCGGCUGUCUCUUCUCCUUGGUCACUUGUCUGCACAUAUGGUGCCUGAUACCCUGUGUGAGGAUCUGUCUCCUCUGUCGGCCUACCUGUCAGAAGGCUUGCCAAAGCCUGACGGACAUCAUCGUCACUCCGCUCUGCUCCAGCAUGGGGCGCUGCUUCCAGAGAGCUCACCUGCACGUGGCCAGAUACUAGGAGUCUUCCCAACACGCAGAGUCAUCCCAGGCCCACAAUGACUCCACACCCCCCAGGCCCCAACCACUCCCCCCAGGCCCCAACCA